GAUGGACUCACCGGAAACCGUCAAUUUCGAGCACAACGAAUGAUCUUGAGUACAACUUUACGCCUGCUGUUUUAUCUUACAUGAAACCAGUGGGAAGUUUUUAAGUUUUGUUUAGCAAGCUCUUCAAGUUCAACCUUCCACGAUGACUGAGUUUGUCGUCAAAGACACUAUUGUGAUCAACACGCAAUCUUGUGGUGAAUGCUACAUUGAUCUGUGCCUUGGUGACAUCACCCGAUUGGACAAAAAAGACAAAGUUGACGUCAUCUGUGUUUCAGUCUUUGGAAGUAGCUAUCAACCGACUCCCCACACAUUGAUUGGUUCACUUCAUACCAAUCUAGGCUUGAGUAUCAAACAGCUCUCUGAGAACAAGGUCGAGGAUCUCCGCCAUGCUUACAUGUGUUGGAUAUCGCAGCCCCUCCCUGAUCAUCUGCCGUACAGGAAGCUUUUGUGUUUUGAGAACAGUGGCAGACGAGUACGUCCCCAUGAAAUGGUGGGAAAUGUAUUCCGAUGUCUGGUACCUGUACUCAAAAAUGAGCCAGGGACAGUCAUUUCUCCAUUACUCAAUACAGGAGCACAGGGCAUGGAUGAGGCCAGAAUGCUUGGCGGUAUAGUGGAUGCUGCUGUGAAGUGGAUGAAGGCUGGACUGCCACUCAAACGGCUGAAGAUUGUGCUUUAUGCCUCCGUCGUCAAAGGCAAAGUGAUUUCCAUUAAGAUGAGGGACCCUGAUGGGAUUCUGAAGACCUUUGAAAACCUAAAGAAGAGAUACAACAAGUUGGAGCUGAUUCCAAUGGUGGUUCCUCUUGAGUAUGACAUCUACUUAUCUCACAGCCCUGAGGAUGCUGAGACGGCGUCUCUAGUCGAGGCCAAGUUUAGAAGCUUCAAGCCGAACAUCAGGAUCUACAAAUGCACCAAAGUCCUGGAUGAGUCAUCUUGGCAGGAGGAUAUGUUUAAAAUCAUGUCACGAUGCGCCAGGGUUGUCCCAAUCCUGAGCCCCGCAUUUCUAGGGAACAGCGACUGUAUAGAUUUGUUCAACUUGGCGCUGUGUGUCAACAGACGAGCCCAGCGUGAUCUCUUAGCACCCAUCUACGUAGAGGAAGUCAAGGACAUGCCUACCUACAUGGGACUAGUGCAGUAUAUUGACUGUAGCCCAAAAGAGGAAAAAAAGAUCAGCGACGGCUGCCAGCACCUAGUGCAAUCUCUGGAGCAUGCUAGCAUGAAAGUCCAUACGGAGAUGGUGAUGGCCGAUGCCUCUCCUAUUCACUAUGAUGUCUUUGUAUCGUACUCUCAUCGGGAUUCCAGGCUAGCAAACCCCAUUGUGGAGAAGCUUCAGAAGCUGAACCCAAAACUCAGGAUAUUUUUCGAUGUGCAAGAACUCAAGGCUGGCACUGCUUGGCAGCGGAUGUUAUACCAUGCUAUAGAUGGCUGCCGUUCCUUUGUGGCCCUAGUGUCAAACAGCUACAUGAAGUCAGCUAUGUGUAUCGAGGAAUUCAACUUGGCACAGGCAAAGCACUGCUCAACUGUUUGCAAUCUCCGCCACAUCCCUGUGUGUAUUGAGCCACUUGUGGAUCCACUGCCAGAGUUUACACAGAUCAAGAUGAUCAACGCCACUCCAGGGGUGUACGACCGGGCUGUGGAGAUCUUCUGCUCCUCCUUGGUGAGCUGGAUCGGCGGCGGAACUAUCAAUCCUCAAAUGGAGACAAUCUUAAGUAAGAAGAAAAGUGUUGUCGUCGAUGCUUCAGAUUAUGCAGUCGAGUGCCGACGACUGAAGUUCAUCCAAAAAUGUGGUGACCCGGAAGACAUCCUCAGAAAAGACGACAGCAAAAUUGUAGUACCUCCAUCCAUCAAGGGUUUGUUCCGUUCCGAGGCUGUCACAAAGCCACCUUCAGCUGAUGCGCCGUGUGACAUUGCUUUCAGCUACGCACCGGAGGACAAGAAGUAUGUUAUGUUCAUGUCCAGGGUGCUUCAACUCGCCAGCCCGGGGCUCGUGAUCAAAGCCAGUGCAGACACAGAAACUGAACGUCUUGCCUUGAUGGAGUCAGCACGGAAGGUGGUCGUCUUCCUCUCCGUGUACUAUAUGGAGUCGGUAGAGCAGAUCGAGGAGCUCCACACCGUUCUACUCCGCCAGAGGUACCAGAGUCACACCCCUGUCCUCUUCCCGAUCAUCAUCCAUAAUCUGCCGCAGCUCCCGACCUACUUCCAUCUGAUUCCUUGUGACUUCAAUCUGUGCGACCCGAUGUGGAUCUACCUUUAUGCCAAGUAUCGGGUGGCCAUUCCUUGGGAGUUUGAAGAUGUUCUUCGCAAGAUGUCCAAAUCUUCCAAGGAGAGAUGCAUAGAUACGUCAUCCUCGAUCGGUAUCAUUACAGCAAUACACAGUCUGCUGGAACAACUCAAAUAUGAAAGUGAGACUCCUAAACCUCCAAGGCUACGGGAUCAACCGAUGCUCUUGAACGUGAUGCUGCUUCGUUCAGAGCUGACCAGACUCAAUAAGGAAGUCAAUUUACCUGAGAUUGAGGUUGACACCAAGGAGGGACAACAAGACAGCAUUCACUGUUCAGAUGAGAAUUACUUACUAAACAUCGUCAAGGAAUCAUCAACGGGAAGUGUCAACACAAAAGCCCCGAUUGCAAAUGCUGCUGAUUUAUAGGGCCACACUCUGGAUGUUCAUAGCUACAGUGAGAACUCUAUCCUGACCAUGUAGACAUCCAAUGCCACACUCCGAGGCUUGUGAAUUAUGCCAGAUACCAGCCUGACCUGGGCCCAAUUUCAUAGAGCUGCUAAGCACAAAAAUU